ACCACCAGCCUGCGCCUGCUCUAGCUUGGCUUAGUUUCAAUCAGGUGGGUACCUCCAGCACCACUGUUAUGCCUACGAGUUAUGCAGUAGCGGUUCCCAACCAGCAGGGAUCCCAGUCGUCGUACAUGGUCACGCCUCCACUGCCUCCUACACCGCCGGUGGGAGGGCAGGACCAGUACACUGAGUUCCUCGCGUUGGCUGCAGUCGACCUGGCGAAGAGGGGCGCCACGCUACAGGGUACGAUGCAUUCGCACGAAAUGGUCGCUGGCUAUAAGAGGAAGCGCGACGAGCAGUUGGUCCCAGUGCUUGGCGCGCACCACGGGCAGCAGCAACAGACCAUUCUCGUCGAUGACCUCCUGCUCAACCAUGCAUCCAAGUUGUGGGAGGUUCUGGCGAAGCAGAGGCAGAGGCACAUGAGGGUGAUUACCUCAGCCGUGGAGGACAGGGCGGCUAAGCGGCUCAAGGCCAAGGACGAGGAGAUGAAGUCUAUCUGGGUCAGGAACCAGGCGCUCCAGGACCAGCUCAGGGUUCUCCAGAGGGAGGCCCAGGCGUGGCACAACAUCGUCGGGUCAAAGGAGGCAGCUGCCAACGUGCUCCGCGGCGACUUGCAGCGUGUGCUCGCGCAGGUGGUCCCUAGCCGUGGUGUUGAUGAUGCCAAUUCCUGCUGCUGGGGGGAUAACCAGGUAGCCUUCCAUGGAGACAACGAGAACGAGGUGUCAAAGCCGGAGGCGGCGACGAGCAUCAGGAGGUGCAAAGGGUGUGGCCAGGGCAAGUCCAUGGAGUUGUUGCUACCGUGCAGGCACCUCUGCAUGUGUGUUCCGUGCGCGGCCACGGCGAGGGUGUGCCCGGUGUGCGGAUGUGCCAAAACCAGCAGCAUCUGCGUCAACUUGUCCUGA